CCCCCUCCACAGGUUCUGACCGCCGAAUGACAGGAGUCCGGCCAGGCGAGAACGCAUAAACCGCAAAGCCAACUUCUUGUUGUCAGGGCCGAUUGCCUAAUCCCCUCUUCUCGCUCCCUGUUCCUCCUUGCUACUACUGCAGUGUCGCUGCUUCCCACUCCCCCCCUUCACUGCUACCCACUCUCCUGCCCCACCAAGUCACAAUUUGGCUUGAAGGGGAUCUUGGUGAGUCGCUCGCCGAUUAAUCAACAAUAUUAUCAACGCCGUCAUCCCUCCAGCUUACCGCCGACUUACAUACCGUCGGUUCUCUCUUAAUUCCCUGGUUCAUUCUAUCUCUAAUCUUCCGGCGCCCUCAUCACAACCUCAAUCAUGGCCGACACCGUUGUCCGACCUGCAGAGCCUGAAAAUGCUGGCACCAUCGAGCUCAAGGAAAACACCGUGAUUGUUGUACUCGGUGCAUCCGGUGAUCUUGCAAAGAAGAAGACUUUCCCUGCACUUUUUGGCCUCUUCCGUAACAAAUUCCUCCCCGAUGACAUCAAGAUUAUCGGAUAUGCACGAACGAAGAUGGAUCACGCCGAAUACAUCAAAAGAGUCAAGUCAUACAUCAAGACCCCGACGAAAGAGGUGGAAGAGCAACUAGAACAAUUCACUGCGAUCUGCUCAUACAUCUCGGGCCAAUACGAUCAAGAUGAGCCAUUCCAGAAGCUCAACGAUGCUAUCGGAGAGAUUGAGAAGAACCGCAAGGAGGGAAACAGAGUCUUCUACAUGGCUCUCCCACCCAGUGUCUUUAUUCCCGUUUCUCAGCAUCUCAAGCGAAACUGCUAUCCCAACAAGGGAAUUGCCAGAAUCAUCAUUGAGAAGCCUUUUGGCAAGGAUCUUGACAGUUCAAGACAACUUCAAAGAGCCCUCGAACCCGACUGGAAAGAAGAGGAGAUCUUCCGUAUUGACCAUUAUCUCGGAAAGGAGAUGGUCAAGAACCUGUUGAUCCUGCGAUUCGGUAAUGAGUUCCUGGGAGCAACCUGGAACCGCAAUCACAUCGACAAUGUCCAGAUUACAUUCAAAGAGCCGUUCGGUACCGAAGGCCGAGGCGGGUACUUUGACGAGUUCGGCAUCAUCCGUGACGUUAUGCAAAAUCAUCUUCUCCAAGUCCUGACCCUGUUGGCGAUGGAACGACCAAUUUCCUUUUCGAGCGAAGACAUCCGUGACGAGAAAGUGCGAGUUCUUCGAGGAAUCCCCAAGAUUGAGCCUAAGAACGUCAUCAUCGGGCAGUACGGAAGGUCGCUUGACGGCACCAAGCCUGCGUACAAAGAAGACGACACAGUUCCAAAAGAGUCGAGAUGCCCCACAUUCUGUGCCAUGGUGGCGUUCAUCAAGAACGAGCGAUGGGAUGGAGUUCCGUUCAUCCUGAAGGCCGGCAAGGCACUCAACGAGCAAAAGACUGAGAUCCGAGUUCAGUUCAAGGAUGUGACCUCGGGUAUCUUCAAGGAUAUUCCCCGAAAUGAACUCGUGAUUCGCAUUCAACCCAACGAGUCGGUUUAUCUCAAAAUGAACUCAAAAUUGCCUGGCCUGUCUAUGCAGACAGUGGUCACAGAGCUUGAUCUGACUUACCGGCGACGCUUCUCGGAUCUCAAGAUCCCGGAGGCGUAUGAAAGCUUGAUCCUGGAUGCUCUGAAAGGAGACCAUUCCAACUUUGUGCGUGACGAUGAAUUGGACGCUUCGUGGAGAAUAUUUAGCCCUCUCCUCCAUUAUCUGGAUGAGAAGACAGAUAUUGUACCCAUGGAAUAUCCUUAUGGCUCCCGAGGACCGGCCGUUCUGGACGACUUCACCGCAUCAUAUGGGUACAAGUUCUCUGAUGCUGCUGGAUACCAGUGGAACACAGCAUCAACCCCCAACAAAUUGUAGACCGAUUUGCACCGGUGGGAAGAUCCACAUAGAAAAGCAAAGACUCUUUUCAACACCGUGAUGGGACUUCGGCCCGUGCUGGAAGCUCUAGAAAGUGAGCUGGGGGCUUUGGAAAGGGCACGAAGAUAGAUUCCAUAUCCGUGGCUAGUAGCUGGGAUGUCCUGUCGUAUAGCUGCACCGGAUACCAAUGAAUCGUACGAACGAAAAGUUUGACAGCGCGCGAUUUGAACUGACCUUGAAAUGAACCGGCGGAGGCCAGUAUCCAAGCAGAUGCUGGUGGUUAAGCUGACGUGGCUGGAGGUUUAGUGACAGUAUAGUUGUACCAUGUAUCUCAUAAGGCUGAAAGUCUUAACAGCCUUGUGCCCAGUUGCGACAGCAUUUCAGCUGUCAUCGAGUCGUUUAACCGGUCGUUUGUCGUCUCGGAGCUCUCCUCAACCAAUUCAGUCCGGGUGGUAGAUGGGCGAUCAGUUACGCCACACAUAAUGAUUCAGAUAUCCGAUU